AGAAGAUUAAACAGGGAUCCGUAUUGGUGCUGCCAUUUUAGGUGCACAAUCACGUGCAUCCAAUCACGUGGAACCCCGAGAUGUCCAGACUCUUUACUUCUAGGGACUGUACCGAGAACAUACCCUUGUCCCCUGUAUAUUUGGUUAGUGGUUAGAUGAGUUAGAUCAGGUUAGAUCGAAUCAUCAAAUUUAGAAAUGUUUCGAGAUUGGUUUGGAGCAUUUGGAGUCGCGAGAGACAUUUACGAGACACGCGCGAUUUUCGUGCAAAUCAAGUCAGUACAAGUAGAAACAGUAGACAGUAGAAUUUCAGUGAAGAGAGCUAUUGAGCAUUGAAAUUAUUGAGAUACGAAAAGCACGAUAUAAAGAGACAAUAAGGUGUUUGCCAAGUAGAAAUCAACGAUGGACGAUACUUUAGAAUUUGAUUAUGCCAAAGUGCUUCAUCAUAUAAGCGUUGCCGUAUCGGAUGAUUGUCCACAUUCGGAAACGAUAGACGGCGUACCGAUACGAAAAUUAUUCGUCAGCAAUUUGGCUGAAAGGACAACCUUCAAGGACUUGCGUAAUUACUUUUCUAUGUAUGGAAACGUCGAGAGUUGCUACUUACGUAGAAAUCAAGGGAAAAGUAACUAUGCAUUUGUCACGUUUACUAAAGUAGCAGAUGCAGUAACAGCGAUGCAAGACGGCUGUAGAAAACGAGCGAGAUUGCAUAACCGAGAUUUAAGGGUGAUGGCUGCUGAUUCUUGGCAUCAACCUGACAGUAUAGAACAGAGAUUGUACAAUAUGGGGAAAGAGUCGAACAAAAGUAGCGAAAGGAAGGUUACCACGGAACAAUACGUUCCCAAGUAUGAGCAAAAUGAUAGCGAAAAUGUGUCUAUUCACAUGCUGAAUGACGAUUGCUUGAGACACAUCUUUUUAUUUUUGCCAAUCAUAGAUAGAGUCCGCAUAGAGACGGUGUGUAAACGCUGGCGAGAUUUAAGUCAAGAUUCUUGGCAUAUGACCAAGACGUUGGAUCUCUCGCCAUCUACGUGGGGUUUCUCGUACACCCAUACCAUUCAUACGGCUUUGCUUCGUAAAAUAUUGCUGAAAUGUGGCAGAUUCUUAACGCAAAUCAACCUAAACGAUCCGGUCCAUUAUUUAAGGCAGAGCACCUUGACUAUUAUUGGGAAACUUUGUCCUAAUCUUACGAGUAUCGACGUUACCGCACUGACAGUCUGUGUGUCGGGUAUACGUACAUUGGCCAAUAAUUGUAGAAAUAUAACCAAGUUUAAUUUAGGCCCAUCCACAUACAGUUGCGACAAUGAGUUAAAGUGUCUCUUUAAGCUGAAUCAAAACUUGGAAUAUCUUGCGAUAAGCAGAAAUUGUAUUUUGGGCAAAUCCUUGUUAUCCUUGCCAGAGAACACUAUGCAUACAAUUGUAUUAGACCGUUGUGACUAUCUUCAGGACAAUCAUCUCUCAAUGGCACUAAAGAAGCUCGAAAAUUUAAAAUAUCUCGCGAUAAACGAAUGUGUCGGCAUAGCUAAACGCACAUUGGAAGUUAUCGGUCAGCAUUGUAAGAAUCUACGAACGUUGGAGCUCGGUGGAGACUUUCCUUCCGCACAAACGGCGGAUAUGUCGUAUUUAAUUCAUCUCGUCAAUCUGCAAGUUUUAAAAAUCACAUACAAUCCUAAACUAUCGGACGAUUUCCUUACUGAUUUAGUACAACAUUGCCAGCAGCUUACCAACGUAGAUAUCACAGGUUGCGGCAACGUGAGCGACACUGGAUUAGCUGCUAUCGCUACGUUGGUAAAGCUAGAAAAAUUAAUCGUCAGUUAUAUGCAUCAAAUUACCGACGAAGGUUUAAAAAAUAUGUGUGGCUUAAAAGAAUUGGAAUGUCGAAGAUGUCCAUUUAGCGAUCGGGGCAUGACAACGCUCAUCAAGUCUUCGCCUCAAUUACAAUUGUUAGAUCUCUCCGGAUGUAGAAAUAUCAAGGAUACCACUCUCGAGGUUGCUAAGGAUGCUUGCAGCAAUCGAACUAAUAAUAUCAUGUUGAAGAUGAUCGUCGGGGGAACAGCGAUUCUCACUAAGAAAGAAAUAGGUCAGAAAGAAAUAGGUCAAGAAAGACUACCACCGCUAUUGCAUAUAGUCAACGUUGAUUUGUCCGAUAUUAGUAGCGUGUCUAAUACGUGUCUCCAAAUCUCGGACGAUUUGGAUUCUUGGUACGACGGAGAUUCCGAUUAUACAGACUAUUCCGAUUACAUCGAAUAUUCAGAUUACACGGAAUAUUCGGAAGAAAAUUAUAAACCACCUGACGAAUUGGACGAUUAUUUAUACAACGAUUUAGAUUCUUAAAGACUAUUUAUAUCACAGUUUUUCUAUGGUUCAAUGGUAUCGAUUUUUUUUUUAUGUUCUACUAGAGCCUUAUAAUCAUUGAGGUUCCUAAGAUUUCGCACGUUACGUACAGAGAUUGACUCUACGAAUCCUUAUUCCCGUGAAUAUAGUGCUACAAUGAAGCGAGCAUGUAUGUACGUAUGUAUGUAUGUAUGUGUGUGUGUGUGUGUGUGUGUGUGUGUGUGUGUGUGUGUGUGUGUGUGUGUGUAUGGUGUGUGAUUUAUAUAUAUACAUACACAUACAUACAUACAUACAAAAAAGUAUUAUGUGAUAAUUAAGUGCAAUAAAAAUAAGUUUAGCAAACAUGAAUUCAUCUAUAUCUAUGAUAAAUUGCUACGAUGCCUGGA